CAGGUUGUAUCCGCCGCACCAUCGACAUGCCCAGGAUCUACAAGUGAAUGUCAAUUGAACAAAUUCUUAAACAUGCUCAAGAAGAAUGGCAUUGACAUGAAAUGCUAUAGCAACGUGGUUGGCAAUGUGGUCAGUGAGAGCGCACUCAAGGGUGCUUGGGCCGAAACCAAAACCAAAUUCGGCUAUAUGAUGGUUGAAUGGAAUAAAUGCAUGAAAAUGGACGAUUCACAACAAUACGAAUGCAUGAUGGGCGUUUUUGGAAUGGGUGGCAAAAUUUUGGGUCGAUUUGUCCAAAAUUUGGGUGAAAAACCAAACUGGCCAUUAAUGAUGGAAAUCAAUGCAAAAUGCAUCGCUGAAUGCUUCAACGGAGAGGAAGGCAAACAAAUGUUCAGCCAAAAGAUGAAAUGCAUGGUCGAAGCAACUACCGAAGCUGUCAAGGGCUCCGCAUUCGCUCAAUUCUGGGAAGAAUACGUGCAACUGUUGGCCUAUUUGGGCAAACAACUCAAGGUUUGCGGUCAAAAACCAAGCGACGAUGAAAUUUCUGCAUGCAUUGUCAAAGAAUUCCCACUCCUCAAGGAAAUGAACAUCAAAUUAUAUGAACAAAUGAAAAUGUCCAACAAGGAAGGCUUCAUGCGUGUUGCAAAAUACGUCAAGGGAAAAUGCUUCCAAUAAUUGUGAAAACUUUCCAAAUCCUCUGGACAAUUUCUUACUCGAAUCAAAUUCACGACGGAAAUUACAAGGAUCACAUCAUACGCAUCCAUAAAUGGAUACAAAUUUGUUGUAUGAAGGAAUGAAAUAAAUAA